AUGGGUGUGCACCCGGAUAGAAUAAGGCUCGACGAAUUGCUGACACGACAAGAACACGUCUGGCGCGUCAGCGGCUCUUGCGACCUGUUUGUCGACAGCUUUGUUUACGGCGCGCACACCACCGCGGCAGACGCUCUUUGGGCAGGAUUGCCACUCCUCACGCUGAGAGGCUACGGCGUAGACGACACGCCGGCAGGGCAGAUGUCAGGCCGCGUCGGCACGUCCCUACUCUCGGCGUUAGGCUUAGACGAGCUUUCAUUUCACAGCGUCAAAGACCUCGAGAACGCGGCGGUGGCGUUGGUGCAGUCUCCGGGGAGGCUGGCAACCCUGAGGAAAAGGCUCCUGUCGAGGGCGAUGAACAGCCCCCUCUUCGAUACACGCCUCACCACGAGAAACCUGGAGAGGGCAUACGAGGCCAUGUGGGAGCAGAGGGAGUUGGGGCUACCACCCAGCCACAUAGUGGUGGACCCGACGCAGGGCGCUUUGCCCCCCUUACGGCUACCAUUCGACGAGGAUGAUGAUUCUCUACCAAGCGGCAGCAGCCGUGGUGCACCGUGGAACAGGGGGAUCAACGACGCAGGGGACCAGGUGACUACAGCGGCCAAGGGUAUGGUCGCACGCGCGGUGGAGGCGGCGAUGGUGUGGGUGGAGACGGGGACCACGGAGGGUGUCGAGGACGCGCUAACGGCCACGGGCAGGCUGCUGGCUGGCGACCCACUGAGCGCUCAAGCUUUGCACAUGAGGGGGGUUGCUCUGCACUUCCUGGGGAGGAGUACGGAAGGAGUCGUUUUCAUGGAGAGAGCGGCCUUGUUGGCCACAUCAGGGAAACUUAAGGAGCCAGGCCUCGACGUUGCGAUGCUGUGGAGAAAUCUGGAUGCAGCCCAGCAUGCAAUAGCCGAAGGAGACGGCCUGUCCUUUCCCCCCGAGACGACCAACGCGCCUUUCCUCAAAGGCUUGGCCGUGAGUCCUUCUCGCCUACCAACACCCCUGCUCAUCGUCCUGAGACGCUACUGGAGAAGGGGCGACCACACCGCGUGUGCCGGCGCCUUCUGGAAGCACUGGCCGGGGUUGCGCCGGCAUCUGCCCGGUGGGGCAGUCGAGAGCGCCGGCGAACGACGCGAGCACGACCCUCCCCCGGGGGGUGACGAAGAACGCGGCUUUGGGGAUGGGUGGGCGUGGGAGGCGUGGCACGGGGAGGAUGCCGACGAGGUGGCAGGAAUCCUGGAGGCUGCGGCGUCGUGCUUCGUGGGACUCGGGAGGCUGGAGGAGGCGUGGAGGGCGUGGAAGCUUGCCUCCGAGACACAGCCAGGCAACCAAGAGUUCCCCCUUCGGUACGCGGCCUGCCUCAGCAGCGCCGGACACGUCGAGAGGGCUCACCGCGAGCUCAACAGAGCCGUCAGGGCACUCAACUAUGCCUGGUUUCAUGAAGAAGGGGGUUCAGUCGUGCCCAGAUUACCUCGCCCACGGAGGGGGGCUGACGGCCAACCCCUUCCCUUGGUGGUGGCGUUCUACUGCUUCGAGUACGGCAACGCCUGGUUUCCCAACUGGGGCCCUUCAAGUCUCGGGCAGGGGUUAGGGGGUUCCGAGGAGGUGGUAAUCCACUUGUCGCGAGAGCUGGCGAAGCUCGGGUUCUGGGUGGAAGUCUACGCGGACCCUAUCGGGAACGAUGUCGGGAGAGAUCGCGGGUUCGAAGGGGCGGAGGACGGGGGCGCGGGGGGGGUGGUUUGGUACCCGUACAAGGCGUUCGAUGUGUCUCGCCCCCCCGACGUGUUCGUCGCGUGGAGGUAUCAAGUGAGCCUACACCUUGCGGAGGGCAGUGGCCGCCGGUUCCUCUGGCUGCAGGAUGUACUGGAAGAUCCGUUAUCCACGGGCUUCGCGGACAACCUGGACGGUGUUUUCUGCCCCAGCCUGUACCACGUCAGCGUGAUCCAGCCGGAAGCUUUGCGGUCUCUUGGCCGCGUGCUGCCCAACGGGAUCGAUUCCAGGAUCUUCUCAGACGGUGACAACAGCCCAGAUCUCUUCGUGUACGGGAGUGCGCCCAACAGAGGCCUAAGCGGGGUGUUGUUGAUGUGGCCAUACAUCCGAAGCCAAAUACCCACAGCAACCUUGGAGGUAUACUAUGGCUUCAGCGACAACUUUAUGGAGUGGGCGAAGACCAAUGUGAAUGGUGUUGAUGAGUGGGUGGCGGGCAUGAAGCGCCUUCUGGACCAAGAGGGUAUCCUCUAUAUGGGAAUGGUCGACCACCAAACGCUUCACGACGCGUACGCCCGGGCGGGAUUCGUGCUCUACCCAACGUCCUUUCCAGAGACGGGGUGCGUGUCUCUCAUUAAGGCCAUGGCGAUGGGGUCCAUCCCGAUCACGAGUCGAUUCCCGACAUCCACCCUUCCGGAGUUGACAAACCAGUGGGACAUGGGACCCCCCGAGGCCCUGGCCAGCCACCAUUUGCUACCAGAGCAUGACAUGCCUUGGUUGGAAAGCUGGGCCAGGGCAGUCGUGCACGCUUCCAAGACCGAUACCUCGGAACGAAUACGCCAAAGGGGGGCACCAAAAGCAGGCACCCGAUCGGAAAUCCCCGGAACGGAUGCUAGCGAAAGGGGUGCCAGAAAACACACCAAAGGGGCGACUGCUCACGAUGGUGACCGGGAACACGACGCCUCGCAAGGCUUUGAAAGUGUUGUCGGUCAAGGACAACGUGGUCGCUUUGGAUGCGUGCAGGACCGGCGGGAAGAUAUGAAGGCCGCCGUUAGAGAGCGGUACGCCUUCAGCUCGACGGCAAAGCUUUGGGCGAGGGAGAUGACGGGGGAGAGCGCCGACGAUCGGCCUCAGGGGGGUACUCUCCUGUUGAAUUCAUAG